UUAGAGUUUUCUACAUAACUUGGUUGAACUCAUCCAUCACGGUUUUGCCAUACAAUCGACUAUGACCGACCUCAAGACCCGAUUCUUGCAAGUUUACUCUGUCUUGAAGUCGGAGCUGCUGAAUGACCCGGAUUUCGAGUUCACCGAUGAUUCUCGUCACUGGGUCGAGCGGAUGUUGGAUUACAAUGUUCUUGGAGGAAAGUUGAACCGAGGACUCUCUGUUGUUGACAGCUAUAAGCUGCUGAAACUAGGGAAAGAGCUUACUGAUGAUGAAAUGUUUCUUGCAUGCUCACUUGGAUGGUGCAUUGAGUGGCUUCAAUCUUAUUUUCUUGUUCUUGAUGAUAUUAUGGAUGGCUCUCAUACACGGCGUGGUCAACCUUGUUGGUUCAGAAUGCCCAAGGUUGGGAUGAUAGCUGUAAAUGAUGGGUUAAUACUCCGCAACCAUAUCUCAAGAAUUCUCAAAAAGCAUUUUAAAGGAAAGCCUUAUUACGUGGAUCUGUUGGAUUUAUUUAACGAGGUGGAGUUUCAGACGACACAUGGACAAAUGAUAGAUUUAAUCACGACUCUCGUUGGAGAGAAAGACUUGUCAAAGUACUCAUUGUCAUUGCAUCGUCGGAUUGUUCAGUACAAAACUGCCUAUUACUCAUUUUAUCUUCCUGUGGCAUGCGCGCUUCUUAUGUUUGGUGAGAACUUGGACAAUCAUGUCAAUGUGAAGGAAACGCUGCUUGAAAUGGGUAUUUAUUUUCAAGUUCAGGAUGACUAUCUAGAUUGUUUUGGUGAUCCGGAGACAAUCGGCAAGAUAGGGACAGACAUUGAAGAUUUCAAGUGCUCUUGGUUGGUAGUGAAAGCCCUCGAGCUCUGCAAUGAGGACCAGAAGAAAACUCUCUAUGAGAAUUACGGAAAGGACGAUCCUGUCUGUGUAGCUAAAGUCAAAGAACUAUACGAAGCACUCAAGCUUCAGGAUGCUUAUCUGGAGUACGAACGGACGAGUUACGAGAAGAUAACAAACUCAAUUGAAGCUCAUCCUAGCAAGGCGGUGCAAGCAGUGCUGAAAUCGUUCUUGGAGAAGAUUUAUAAGAGGCAAGAGUAAUACUUUGGUCUAAUGCAUCUAAGACCGAGAGAAGCUCGACUUCUACCUGAGAAUACUCUGUAAUAUCUAGGCCACCGUUACCGUGAGUUCAAGUGAUCAAUUUGAAGACAAUGAUCAGAUGAAUGUACUUGUGCUUGUACAAUCAAUGUUAUAUUAUGACAAAGGAGUUAUUUAUCAA